AUGCACUACGAAAUCGAUGUAAUUCUGCCCGUCUUGCUCCUCUAUUUCUCCUCCGUCUCUGGUCAGCAGCCGUCGUUCACGUGUCCAAACAAUGCGAAUCCGCUCGUCGCCAACAGCGGGACCAAUCUGUUCUGCACUUCCGCAGGCACCAACACGGACUGCCCCACUAGGUUAGUAUCCUUGAAGUAUCGCGCAUUCAAUCCCAUCACUUCAGCUCCAUCUGUGUGACCGCUGCCAAUGCGGCAGGCGUCUUGAUCUGCUGUUCACAGUCCACUCUCACUCCGAUCUGCCCGAAUAAUGCAGUCGCACAGUCUUCCACCACUGGCUACGUCGAGUGUUCCGUCACGAAUCCAUCCAACUGCAUAACAGGGUGACACCUUAUGUUCCGUCCGACCUGAACCGCUUCUCUUCAGGUAUCAGUGCGUUCAGUCGUCCAACGUCGCCUCCACUUUCAUUUGUUGUUCCACCUCUACUUCAACCACUUCUUGUCCAACCGACUUCACUCCAGCAGUCAGCACUUCGGGCGGAACGGUAACUCGCUUUCUCAAUACAGCCCCGGAACAUCCGUACUUCCAGAUAUCAUGCAGUCCUUCCGCCUCCACGUGUCCGACAGGGUCUUCGUGUAUGCAAAGCACGUUGAAUUCUGCAUUCAUCUGUUGUCGGUCCGCCAACUCGCAGAGGAUAUGUUCGAAUAAUCAGAAUGCACUCAUCACGAACGGAGCUCUGGAAUUGUGCACAACUCCAGGAACACAGUGUUCUACGGUUCGACACUUUCCUCCUCUCUUCUAGUUUUUUUUUCAAAUUUCAGACUGGAUACACAUGCCAGCUCUCAGUCCUCCUGGCCACGUACGUCUGUUGUGGCCAAGGAUCCACUGGAUCCAUAUCGGUCGGAUGUGCAGACGGCCGACCCGUUUACCAACAGAUAUCUGGAGAGACGUACACUUGUGAAAUCACGAGUUCCAUCACGAGUUGCCCUUCCGGUUACGACUGUGCGCCUUCGGAUGAUCCGUUCAUCGACGUGUGCUGUCUGACCGGCUCCACUCCGAUUCCUGAGAACCUUUCGUGUCCCACCGGCUGGAAUCCCUAUCGGAACGAAGUUGACAACUCGGUCCGAACCUGCACCGCCGUCUUGGACACUUCCUGUCCGGUCGGCUUCUCGUGCGCCCCUUCUUCCCAGCCUUCCCAGUUCAUAUGUUGCCGCUUCGCCUCUUCCCUUGUCUGUAUAAAUGGAAAGACUCUUUUGGUAAACGGCGCUCCAAGCUGUGCACUCCGUCCACGUACAGCCAGUGUCCCUACAACUAUUCAUGCCAACAGAGUAUCAAUGUAAGUGCCCUUGUUUUGUGGCUUCUCAUUACUCUUUUUUUCAGCCGACUGUAA